CCAUGCCAUCACCACAUUUAGGACAAUAAAUAAACAUGUCACCUCUAUCUCUCCCUCAUCACCUUGCUUGAUCAGAGUGGCCUUUUUAGUAUUGUACCAUUUCAAACAUGCUAUCCAACUCACCCCCACUCUCAGAGGAAACUAGUCCUCUUUCUCUUGAACAUAUUGGCAAAUCAGAUGAACCAAGGAAUCAACAAUAUUCCCAUACCAACAGUACAAGCAAGUUACCAGCACUUUGGCAACCUAGACAUCAGAAAACCAAACCAGUUAUAUGGUUUGCUGCAGUUCUGUGCUUGAUAUUCAGCCUUGUACUUAUCUUCUUUGGAAUUGCAACAUUAAUCAUCUACCUUUCCUUCAAGCCAAGAAACCCCAUAUUUGACAUUCCCAAUGCAAGCCUCAAUGUUGUUUAUUUUGACUCAACAAGUUACCUCAAUGGUGAAUUCGCCUUCCUUGCAAAUUUCACUAACCCCAACAGUAGAAUUCAUGUGAGGUUUGAGUCCUUGAAGAUUGAGCUUUUCUUCUCAGACAGGCUCAUCUCAUCACAAUCAAUCAAGCCUUUUACUCAGAGGCCAAGGGAAACCAGGUUGCAAUCGGUGAAGCUCAUGUCCAACUUGAUGUUCUUGCCUCAAGAUGUUGGUGUGAAGCUUCAAGGGCAGGUGCAGAGCAACAGGGUCAACUACUAUGCAAGGGGAACCUAUAAGGUGAGGUUCAACAUGGGUCAUAUCCAUUUAUCUCACUGGUUGCAUAGCGUAUGCCAUAUAGAGAUGAAUGGUCCUCCAAAUGGUGUCCUACUAGCUAGAGAAUGCACAACAUGGCGAUAAUUGAAAAAACAUGUUAUCCAAAAUCAAUUCUUGGGAAAAGCUUUUGCGAGUACGUAACUUAUGAGUGCUAGAAUUGAUUUUGAAGAAAAAUAAGCUGAUCCAGAAGUGCUAGAAGAGGCAGGGUAAAUUCUUUGUGCUUAUUAUGCUUUCUAGUUUCUAUUCUAUUUUGAUUUAUAGAAUUAUAGCUAAUGGUAAAUAGCAGUUUGCACGGGAGUGAUAUCUUUCAUAUUGAGUGAUGAAAAAGAGAAAGAAUAUUAUCAGAAGAUACCAUUUUGAUUUAUUUAUUUUUUAAAAUUUAAUUUGUUGAUAGAAACUUUCUAGGUAGAAACUUAAGAGGAGGGGUUUGGUUGAAGCCCUUCAAUAUCAGGAACAUGUAGUGGUGGAUUUUAUUUUCAUCUAAUAGUAUUUACAGCGGGUUCACUAAAGCAA